AUGGAGCAGCGCUGGGGCUUCCUCGCGCCAUGGACCGAAGUGUUACGCACCCGCAUCAAGUACCGGUGGCCCGAGGCUGACGAGGGCAUCUGGGCCUUCAAGAGGCGCUUCCUGGAAGUGUACCCCCCUGCACGGUUCGAGAACAGCAACCAAGAGCGAGCCAUCACUGAAGCAGCGGAAAAAGAUUUUCAACGCACGAUCCAGAAAUUCAGAGAAGCCUUGGCUCUGCUGGCGGCUGUGGCGCACGUGGACCAAUCCGUGUGGGGAUAUUGGCUGGAGCACCAGUGUGGAGUGGACCUCGGAGUGGAAGGAGAAGAAAUUUAUGAAGAAGAAAUCGCUGUACUAUUCCAGCUUUACAUGAUACUUAUUUCCCCCAAAAUCUGGAGCAAGAUCUCGCUCGUUCGGUGGUUCGGCGUCUACCAACGCACCGAAGCCAGCCAAGACUAUCUGGUCGCGUUGCAGAAUAUCGCAGAGUUGGCUGGUAAUUUACCAGCAGACAAGCCUGGUUUUGACAUCGAGGUCCCGGCGCGACUGCUUUUCACAGAGACGAGUGAUCCUUCUGAUGGGGUGAGGGCCCUGCAAGGUAUUUGGACCGCGGAGCGAAUGGCUAAGGCGCAGUGGGAGAUGUACGACCGGAACGUGGAGAACAAAGCGGUCGAGGCUGGGUCGCUGCGCUGCACGUUCGUGAUCGAGCCGAUGAUUCUGGACUUUGGAGAGAGAGAGAGGGAUGCCAGCCGAGUACGUCGAUUUGGUGAUCACGUUGGAAAACUGGGGACGCUGUUCGACAACGUGCAGGAAUCCAGAGUGGCUUUCGGAGAGCUGAUGAUGACCCUCUUUAAUACUCCGCAGCGGCCACGCCUCCUGACGAAGAGGAGCUUCGCCUCAGAUGGCAAAUCUAGCGAUGGGUCCUCUCCACUUCAGCUCGGCACGAUUGACUUGAACUGUGACCACACGUUAACCUAUCGUGAUUUUAAUUCCAUGUGCUCGGCUAUUGUGACCAACCAAACGGCCAGGAAUGUCUCCAUGUAUCUAGACAUCAGCUCGACGGACGAUGGAGGCAGUCGUGAACGAUGGAAGUGGCUUGCCUAUGCCUUCUUCUCCAAGCGAACUCGUGGAUACUCCUCGCUCUAUCGCUUGGAGUUCACUUCGCUCGACAGCAUGACCGUCGAGGACAUGGAAGGUUUCAGCACUAUCAUGGCAUCGGAGCAUCCGGAAGAAGACCUUUGUGGAACUCCAAGAGUCCAACGACGCGACCUCGUGUUCUCGCAAGCAAACGCGAUGAAAGCGAGCUCCCGUGGAGUAACAUCACUGACACUAACAUUCGCGGUCGAGAACGAAGUUGGACCUGUUGGGCUGCCAGACUUUUUAGCAGCCGUUGGGUUGCCAUUGAAGAUUCUUUCUGUCAGAGAAUCGCAACUGCAACUGGAUGACAGCAUGAUGCUUCAAUACUGCCCGAAAUUGGACGAGUUGGCUCUAUGCAGACACCGGGUCGAGGCGCGCCUCAACUUUUGUGACUACCGCGCGACUAACCAAGAACUACCAGAGCUGGGCUGCGACUGGGAUGAUGUUCUGGCCUUGUUGACAAGGCUGCGCGACAAGAGCAGCCCACUUGCGCAGUGCGUUCGACGGCUUCGAGUGCAGCUAUUCGAUUGGGGCAGGGAUUGGGACGAUGGAACUGGUGAGGUGCGCAACGGACCAACUUCUGAGGAUGAGAUCAACGCGAUGCGGCGCAUGCUGGAGCUGAACGAGACCCUGGAGUACUUCGACGUAGUAGCUCCGAGUAGCUACCGCGUUGACAUCAGCAACUUUCAACAAUAUCAUCUCCAGCCCAUUAUGUGA